UGUCUGUGUGCUCUGUCCGGGUAUGUGCCCAGCAUGGGCAAAUCCUGCUAACUGUCUUGAAGAGAAUUUGUGCCUCAGACCCAAGAUGAAUGCAGAGAAGGAGGCAUCCUUGUAUGCCAAAGCCAUUCCUCGGGUCUUUCUGCUUAUGUGUCACCUUAUUUCGUUCCACCCAGGUGGGGUGAUGGCAGUUAACAUCACUAGUUCCAAUACUCUUAUUAGAGGUACAUGUGGAGGAGAGGCCCUUCUAUCUGUCCGCUAUAGCAGUCUCAGCUCAGAUCCACCUGUCAUCAAGUGGCAGCUGAAGAGGGACAAGCCAGUCACUGUGGUCCAGUCCAUUGGUACAGAGAUUAUUGGGAACCUAAGACCUGAGUACCAGGACCGUAUCCUAGUGUUUGAAAAUGGAACAUUGCUGCUCCACAACCUCAAGCUCUCUGAUGAGGGAACAUAUGAUGUAGAGAUCUCCAUCACAGAUGAUACCUUUACGGGUGAAGGUAGCAUCAUGCUUACUGUUGAUGAGUCCAUAUCCAGGCCUUAUAUACAAGCGGAGGCCUCAUCAGUGCUGGAGCUCAGCGAGCAGUUCACCCUCAACUGCUCCCAUAACGAAGGAACCCGGACCACGUACAGCUGGUUAAAGGGCGGGAAGCCACUGACCAAUGACACACGGUUACUGUGGUCACCUGAUCAGAAGCUUUUGACCAUCACAAGAGUGCUAAUGACUGAUGAUGAUGUCUACAUCUGCAUAGUAGAGAAUCCGAUUGGCAGCAUGAAGAGCCUGCCUGUCAAACUCACAGUCUACAGAAGAAGUUCUCUCUAUAUCAUCCUUUCCACUGGAGGCAUCUCCCUCCUCAUCACCUUGGUCACGGUGUGUGCUUGCUGGAAAUCCUCCAAAAAGUAGGAGCUUCUGCUGGCUAUCUUUUUUUUUUGUCUUGGGUGAAAAGAACUCCAAUCAUAUCUAAGUAAAACUUCUAUUUUAACUGAAAUUUACCUGAUUCAG